UACAAGCACUGUAAAAGAAUAAUCAUGUUUACCAAAAUCCUAGCUUUGAGCGCCGUUCUGGCGGUGUCUGCGGCGGGUCUUCUGCCCCAGGCUUACUACUCCUCAGCCGCGGCCGUCUCCUCCCAGAGCAUAGUGCGCCACGACCAACCUCAGGCUAUUCACGCCACUCCCGUUGCCAUCCACGCUGCUCCCAUCGCUUACCAAGCCGCUCCCAUCGCUACCUACGCUGCCCCUGCCCGUAUCUCCGCCGGACAUGCUGUCUCCUCUCAGACCAUCCUGCGUCACGAGCAGCCACGUGCCGCCUACGGCAUCGCUCCCCUAGCAUACGCCGCCGCGCCCGCUCAUUACUCGACACCACUCAUCAGCCACGCCGCCCCCGCUGCUAGGAUCAUCGCCGCACAUCAGGACGAAUACGCUCACCCCAGAUACGACUUCGCGUACUCCGUGGCCGACGGACACACCGGCGACAACAAGUCACAGCACGAGAGCCGCGACGGUGAUGUUGUGCACGGUGAUUACUCGCUCCUCGAAGCUGACGGUUCAGUGCGCACUGUGCAGUACACUGCUGAUGCCCACAAUGGAUUCAACGCUGUCGUCAGCCACUCUGCGCCAGGACACCACGCCGCCCCAGCACAUGCUCUCGCCCAUUAUUAGACUAAAUUAAGACCAAGACAUAAUUGUUACUAUUUAUUAAACAAAAUUAAAGAAAUGUUUAGUAGGAAUUAA